AUGCCUUCAACUGAGAACACCUCAAAACUUUUCCUGGUCCUCGUGUCACUUCUGCUGGUGCUGCCAGCAGUUGAAGCCCUAGAUGCAGGAGACACCAUUGCCUUCCUCCUAGGCCUCGCUGUCAGUGUUGUCGGAUUCUGCGCCUGCCUCGGCUUGUAUGCAAGGAGAAGGAAUGGGCAGCAGUGA